GAAGACGCCCCUUUAUCCAUUUGGCCGGACACCACACACGGAAGCUAUUCAGCUAUUGUCUAUUGCAUUGCCAUUUUCAAGUAAUGGCGCUACUACGUCUUGUUUGCUUACCUUCAACAAAUCAAUUAUCCACUCAACCCCAUUCCCAAUCCACCUCUUUCUCUUUUCUUCGCAAAACGCCCCAUUCUCAACCCAUCAAUUUCAGUCUCUCUUCCUUUCACUUUCCACGCCUAUCCCUUAUCACAACCAAACAAACCCUUAACCUCACUCCCACACAUGCCUCCACUUCCGAACAACAAACCGAGGAGCCUCUUGUCUCUGAAGAAGAAUUUUCUCGCACCAGGUUGCUCGCUCAGAACGUGCCCUGGACAAGCACCCCUGAAGACAUUCGCACCCUCUUCGAAAAACAUGGGAAAGUCCUCGAAGUCGAGCUUUCUAUGUAUAAGAAAAACAGAAACCGGGGUUUGGCCUUUGUCGAAAUGGGUUCCCCAGAAGAGGCACUGGAAGCUCUCAAUAAUCUCGAAUCGUAUGAGUUUGAGGGUCGUGUAAUUAAAGUCAAUUAUGCUCGGCCAAAAAAGGAGAAAACAGCGCCGCCCCCUGUGAAACCAAAGGUGGUGACGUUUAACUUGUUUGUUGCUAACUUAUCCUAUGAAGCAAGCUCCAAAGAUCUUAAGGAGUUUUUUGAUUUGGGAACUGGUAGAGUUGUCUCUGCUGAGGUUGUGUAUCGUGAUAAUCCUAGAAGGCCGUCUGGAUAUGGAUUUGUGUCCUUCAAGUCUAAGAAAGAAGCUGAGGCUGCUCUUGCUGAGUUCCAAGGAAAGGUUUUUAUGGGAAGGCCAAUCAGGGUGGAUCGGGGUCGGCGUUUUGUUCAACAACCAGGGGACGGGAGUGCAAAGUCUGAAGAUACUCCUUCUGAGUUGAGUGUGAAUGGGGCAGAAGCUCCACAACCAGCAGAGGGGAGUGCAAAGUCUGAAGAUACUCCUUCUGAGUUGAGUGUGAAUGGGGAAGAAGCUGACAAAGCUGAUUGAUAUCAGUUUUUCCCUGAUGCAUAUCGAUAUUAUUGAUGUUGUAUGUCCUUGCUUCAGACAUUUUGAAUGUUUGCUCUUUCUUGCAGAUAAUCCGAAAUCUUUGAUUGGUUUAGAUUAUGUGUUUUACUGGUGGUUUUCACCCUUAUAUACCAGAGGCCCUUGAGAUACAAGGAGCGGAUAGGUGUAAGCACAAGCACUUCCGUGAUUCAAGAAUCCAUUUAUCUUCAUUGCAUAAUUUAACAAUUGUUGGCAAGCUACUAUAUCUUAAGAAAGCGAGAAAUAUAUGUAUAUCAGUGGUGAUGUUUUUUACAUCUUUUUUGGUUA